AUGGUGGACGCAACAACGUCGUCGGAGCCGUCCAGCGAUAUCGAGAAGCUGGAGCACUUCCCGACAGAUGGUUCAGAUUCAGAAGUCAGGCAGAUCAAGACGGAAAGAGAGAGAACAGACGCAUCCAGCAAUGCCACUAGUGAUGGAGCAGGCGAGGUUGACCAGCGUGAUGGCGAUGAAAACCAGCCGACGACCAGCAUCGCGAGCCGUGUCCUCAGUCGGAUGACUUCACGCUCAAGCGUUGCGCCAGGGCCGCCACCUGAUGGAGGUUUUACCGCAUGGAUGUGUGUUCUCAGUGGACAUCUCGUCAUCAUGAAUACUUGGGGUGUCAUCAACUCUUUUGGUGUAUUUCAACCGCACUACACGUCGACUCUGAACCGUGCGCCGUCUGACAUCUCUUGGAUCGGCUCAUUCGAGAUCUUCCUGCUCUUCUUCAUCGGCACCUUUACCGGCCGCUUGACCGAUGCGGGAUUCUUCCGCCUCCUUUUCGCCACGGGCUCCGUGCUCGUGGUGGCCGGCACCUUUGCCACGUCGUUCUGCACACAGUACUGGCAGUUCUUCCUGGCGCAGGGCGUCUGCAUGGGCCUCGGCAAUGGAUUCUUGUUCUGCCCGUGCCUGUCUCUGCUUGCGACGUACUUUCAGAAGAGGCGAGCGCUGGCGAUCGGCAUCUCGGCGUGCGGCAGCGCGACGGGCGGCCUGGUGUUUCCCAGCAUCGUCAGGGAACUGCUGCCGCGGAUCGGGUUCGGCUGGACGAUGCGGGUCAUUGGGUUCAUCCAGCUGGCCACCAUGCUCGUGAGCUUCUUCUUCCUCAAACCGAGGAUCGCUCCGCGCAAGGCCGGCAAGCUGGUGGAGUGGGCGGCCUUCGCGGAGCUCGAGUACACGUUCUACGCCUUGGGGUCCUUCCUGGUGAGUUUCCUUUCCCCCUUCCGCAGACUCGCCUCGCGGGCCUACUCACACAUCACACGGCAGUGCUUCAUGGGGGUCUACUUUGCCUUCUUCUACCUCGCCUCCUACUCGCGCGACGUGGAAGGCCUGUCCUACCUCAACUCGCUCAACCUCCUCCUGCUCCUCAACGGCAUCGGCGUCAUCGGCCGGCUGCUGCCCAACUACGUCGCCGACACGCUCGGCACCCUCAACAUGUUCAUCCCCAUGGCCGGCAUCAGCUCGCUGCUGGCCUUCUCGUGGAUGGCCGUGUCGUCCGAGCCGGGCCUCUACGCCUGGGUCGUCUUCUACGGCAUCGCCGCCGGCGGCAUCCAGAGCCUGUUCCCCGCCGGGCUGAGCGCGCUGACGUCGGACCCGCGCAAGCAGGGCACGCGCAUGGGCAUGGUCUUUACGAUUGUGAGCUUCGCCGUGCUGACGGGGCCGCCCAUCGCGGGGGCCGUCAUCGACGCCACGGGCGGGCGGUACGUCGGCGCGCAGGCCUUUGCGGGGAGCUGCAUGGCCCUCGGCAUGGGGGGGUUGCUGGCGGCCCGGGAGGUCAAGAGACGGAAACUCGGCAAGGGGGUUUGGGCCAAGAUGUGA